AUGCUUCGUCGCCUUGCCAACUGCUCCACGUCCUUCGUGACGGGGGCCGCCGUGCAGAGGCGCUCCACCACCAUUCUCUCUGUGCGAAAGGGCAACAAGGUAAUUCUGAUUGGGGACCGUCAGGUGACCUUGGGCGAGCGUAUUGUGGCGAAGAGUAGCGCCUGCAAGCUGCGCAAGCUCAACGACAACGUUGCGAUUGGUUUUGCCGGCAGCACGGCGGACGCGUUUGCGCUGAUGGAGAAGCUGGAAAACAAACUAAACGACUUUCCAGACCAGCUCUCUCGCGCCGCGGUGGAGCUUGCAAAGGACUGGCGCACCGACCGCGCCCUCCGCCGCCUCGAGGCGUCCCUCAUUGUGUGUAGCAAGGAGGAGACGCUGGAGAUUGAUGGGCAGGGAAACGUAAUCACCCCCGAGGAAGACGGUAUCAUUGCCAUUGGGUCGGGCGGCACGUACGCCAAGGCGGCGGCUCGUGCGCUGAUUGACGUUGACGGCUAUGAUGCGGAGCGCAUUGCACUCAAGGCGAUGAAGAUUGCGACCGACAUUGAUGUCUUCAGCAACAGCAACUGGGAUGUGGAGAUGUUGACGCGUGAGGAAGAAGCGGUAAAGAAGGAGGCGGAGAAGGCGGCGCAGGCCAAGGAGGAGAAGAAGGAGUGA